UAGUUACUAACACUUGAAUUUGUAGUCAUAUCUAAAUGAAGACUAGCUUUAAGCAACGAAUUAUUUUUUAAAUAUAUAAAAGAGAUACAAAUUGUUUUCUAUAAAUAUGAAAACGGAUACCAAUAUUAAAAUGUUAAGGAUUUUCUAUAAACUGUCCUUAAUAUUUUUUGUUAUAUCAUCAACCGUUAUCACACCCGGCAACGGUGAUGAUGGUUUGCGUAAGUGUGGCAUAUUGAAGCUUGACAAACCCACAAUACUAGGAAGGAAUGUGACAUUUUCUUUUACCCCCGACAUGUAUGAUCCAAAUGCAAUUCUAGAAUGGCAGCGCCGCACGUAUGUAAGAGAUCAAUGGCAAACGCUCCCCUUUAACAACAAGUUUACACAAUAUGAGAAAAAUAUGACUUACCACCUGAUAAUAACAUACAGUGAAGAAAGCGAUGAAAAGAAAUUGUACCGUGUUCAUUAUUAUAAUGAGACAAUACAUUGCUUCAAGGACGUUGGGACACUUAGGCUUGAAGACAAUUUGUGUGGAGUCGUCAACCUCAGAUCUGAAAAGGUGGUUGAGAAUGGGACCGUAGAAAUCGAAUAUUAUCCGUCAACUAAUGUGAUGAGAAAUAGUGGUAGUUUCAAACGUGAAUGGAGACAUACGUUCGGAAGGGCAAGCCAAAUAUUGAAAUUGACUGAUGGCAAUUACCAAGAGACUUUCGAUGAGGAAAACAAUAAAUAUGUAUUGACAAUAUAUAUGUUUAACAUUUCUAUGAAUGGAGAAUAUUAUGUUGAUUGUGGCGGCUCUGGAGCAUUAUACACAAAACAUAUAACCGUGUACUUUCCAGGUUUGUGUGUGUUUAUUAUUCUGCAUGUUAUAUCUAUUAAACAAAUUGAAACCAAGUUAUCAGAUCAAAAUCACCAGUGCAUGACAAAAGUAUGAAAGACAAUUUUAUUCACGUGCAGCGCCAGCCAGCAAUGUUGUUUGCAUCAAUAUGAGGACAAGUUUGAUUCUUUAAAAAGAAGCAUGCGAGAGGUCUUUUUUCUGUUGUGGAAGAUCUGUUUAAAUCGAAAAAAUUUGGGGAUAUUCUUGCAUAAAAGACACAGUGAGUAAUUAUAAAUUACAAUUAUUUAACA